CGUGUUUCUCGCCGUUUGACCGAGUCCUCGUCGCCCUUUGAGCUCUGGAUAGUCUGUGUGCUUCAUCGCCUUGUCAAGAAGCAAGCGCUGGCAGCAAGCUCACGGUCGUCGCCGUAUCAUCGUACUCAUUCACGCAUGCUUUGCUGACCCUCCACGCGGCGCAGGAGGUGCUAUCAGCAUAUACUUGAGCGGACGCACGGUCAAGAUGGACCAGCGGGACCUGGCACCAUUCGGGGUACUCGCUUAUGACCCAGCGCUUCCUACUCGAGCUGCCGGCCGCCCUGCCCGGCGCUAUUCCCGCAUGCCGUCUACACCAAGAGGGAGGGCCCAACAACAUCGGCAAGCCCCACGAGAUGUAGCAGACGUCAAUGGUGAUACCAAGGGUAAUGGAGCCAGAAAUGGUGGCGGUAGUAGGAGUCCAGCCCACACAAGACCCUAUAGCACCGAUAAGGGGAGCAACAAGGUUGAGUACGGUCCUGACCCCGCAGGUAGCAAACGCAUCAUCAAUGCCGGUUCCUUCGUACUUGCGGGCACAACCGGUAUCCAGCCGCGGAUCGCAUACACAAGCGCGCUCACUCUGACGGACCCAUACGGCUUCGUCUACACAUCACCAGCGGCAGUUGCUUUCUCGACUGCGGCGGUGGCGGCUGCACAUCCAUCGCUCAGUGCUGGCAGCCCUUCCGCUGAGGCCUCGUUUUCGGGCUCUAAUGCAGACUCUGACGCAAGCAGCAGUGCAUACCUGCCCUCUGCUUGGCAGCCCCCGCCGCCUCAUUUCGCUGCGUAUCUAGGCAUGUCUGUCUUCGGAAUCAUUGUCCUGAUACUUGCUAUGUCUGUCGUCGGCAUAUGCGUCUAUCGCCAUGGCGUCCGUAACCUCGAGCGCAAAGCAACAGAACUCCAAGCUAGCAUCGAUAGCCUGGACCGGCAGGCUCGCUCUCGGUAUCACGAUGGCUCCGAUGACGAUGCCACAAAGCUCGGUGGCUCCACGUCGUUCGUCUCUGACCGUUCUUCCGCUGACGGGUCGUUGAACUGGCCAAACUCUCGACGCAAUCGAAAAGGCGGCUCGACAACAGGUGGUAGGCUGAAACGCUGGUGGAGCGGCAAUCGCUCCGGACCGAAAUCUCGCAAGGUACAGAGCGCCCCGAGUGUGAUAAUCGAUGGACAUGUGCAACGACUCGUUUCACCCUACGAGACACCUGUGGCGCAGGCACAGGGAGCUUCCCUCUGGUCCCGUCUGCCUGGCAGCGGUAGCGUCAAGACGGGAGGCUUAUUUCGAUACAGAACCAAGGAUUAUGGAGACUUGCCGACUUCCGUCAGCCUUCCGAACACACCUCGCUUUGCGGACUUCAAGGUCGACCUCUACGAGGGUUCUGCCAAUCACGCCACACAAGCGAACGCUGGAGGCCCGAACGCUACAGGCUCGGCUGAAGGAUCGUAUCCUUCGGAAAGACCUCCUGGCGGUGCGCAGCAGGUGUCUGUGUCCUUGCAAUCCGCUGCCCACCCCAGACAAAUCAGCUCGACGUCGCGCGGCGCCACGAAUGGUCAAAUUCACCAAGCAAGCGCUUCACCCCUCUCAGCCGCAGUAUACCUAUACUCUCCGACUGCCUGGCGCAAUGUCGACUCUCCGCUCAUCUCGGCACCCUCUCCUGCCCUAGAUCGUGAAAGCAUGGAGAUCCUCGCGAGCCCAAACAGACAACAUGGGGACUGGCACUCUUCCGCGCCAAAGCACGAUACUCAAACCUCCUGGGCAGCCUCUUCACAAGUCCCACGUGUCAACUCGGACAUCGAUUCUGCUGCUCGGCCAUUUGAUCAAGACAUGCUUGCUCCUGCCGGGCUAACAUGUGACCCGAAGCCGACACGCCCCCCCUUCGUCAGGAGGGACUCAAGCGAGGAGACUCUCGUUGGCAGCUCUUCUUUCCAGUCUGUCUCUCUGCCGACGCCUGUGCAAGGUCUCGGCGUUAGCCUCGAUACAAAUGCGGCUUCGGACUCAAGGCAGCCGGCGGCAAAGCUCAUCAAUACGUUGAAUGAAACGAUUGCCGAUUGGCAAUCUGCAGCAGCUGGGCAAUCUAUCCCUCAGAGACUAGGCAGCUGUGAUAUUCUGGCCGCGAUCAGCCCGAGUAGCUCAGAACAUUCAAUGACAGCCGGCGCCACUACUAUGAACUUCUUGGACACCACCGAAAGCGUACAGGAAGAUGUAUCUGACUUCUCCGAAAAGCCGGUGGGACACUCUAGUAUCACGCCCCAGUCCCGCCCGGAACCUGCGACUCAUGAAGAAGGCAUCAAUUCGAAACCCAGCCGCAUUCCAAGCAUGCACAUGAUCAAGACCCAUGCGCAAGCCAUGACCGUGACGCCAACUCGUGCUCGAAUAAUGCCAGCGCCCUCACGCGAGCGCUACCGGCGCACAAUCGAUGCUAUUGCAGACAUGGAUGGCCUCGAUGCGAUCGAGGAAGCCCUUCGUCUGAUUGCACAGCUGCUCGUGGUGCCUAGCAGGCCAUCUCCCCGCAGAAGGCGCGCUGGGACGCUGCCGACGCAGGAGAGCAGACCUAUUGUGCCCAUCAAGACGCGCCCGCGGCGCGGCACCGAGUCCAGUGCGGAGAAUGCAAUGCUGCACAGUGUGCGUCAGCAAUUGCUGCUGAACGGUCCGCCAGAAGCGAAAGCUCAGCUCGCCAGAUCGAUUACCAAGACAAAAGGACAAGUAAGAUUUUUAUUGGACGUCGAUCAGACUGACAAGCGACACACACUGCGCAAUUCCUCUCAUGGUCAUCAGGACGCUCGCACCUCAAUGCAACAUGAUCAUCUCUUCCGGCCCGUGUCCACAGCAUCGACAGGAAGCGCAUACUCGGUUGCAAGUCGACCAAACUCACUCGCACCGAGGAUCCCUACUCGUUCAUGGGUUUCUUCCACUGUGCCAUACGAUGCGGCCUCUGCGUUGCACGAAUUCUUCGGCAUGGAGAUCAACCCGUCGCCAUCAUCGAUGGCAGCGAGCAACGACGACCAUGAGGAAGUGAUGUCUAUGGCGAGCGGGUCCGAUGGAAUGCGCUUCGAAGCUGUCACGCUGCAUCCAGAGCAGCAAGGGGCGAACGGCAGCAGGAAGGCGCCCAGCAAUGUCCGAGGCCUGGGCUAUCACCUGCCGCAGCGCAUGUCUCACAGAGUGGCGCAUGGUACGGCGCAGUACGAUGCCGCACACGCGCGCCACUCUUCGCCGGGUACGCCUUGUCGCACGUCCACGUCCAGCUCGACCAAGAGGCGCUUCCGGGCUGGUGCUAAGAUAAGCUCCGGGUUGGGGCUGUUCCUCGAUGACACUACAGGGUCCGAUGAGGAUAUGUCUGAGCUUCCGCGCAUGCUCUGGCGCCCCAGCCUUGCCUCUGGUUUGGCGACAAGCGCCUCGGGCAUUGUCCACCACCAUCCCGGGCCAUCCUUGUCGAAAUCCGAGUCGAACCCGCGCGGGCGCAGUCUGAUCUCCAAUGAGGCAGACAUCGACGCCUGGUCGUUCUUUGCAACACGAGAGGUACUGGAACGAGGUCCUUCCAGCUCGAGCAGAAAUACGCUGCAGUCGCCUUCAUCAUCAUCGUCGCGACGUUCCCUCCAAGGCCGGACGAGAUCACCGUCAUCCGAUCCCGGCCUUCGCCCCCGGUUGCUGGGCCGAAGUUCAUCACCACCGCCGUCACCACGGACGGUCGAGAUCGACGCACCUUCUUCGCCGCUGUACUUACACCCGAACGAGAGCAUAGAAGCGCUGUCGAAUUCGGCGUCGACGAACAGUGCUCCUUCGUCUCCGGCAGAAUACGAACCUGCGAUGAUCAUACGCCUGCCUAACAGCCACAACAGCAUCAGUGCGAGUAGCGAGAAACCACAACGGAAAUUGGCGAAGCGAGCGCUGCACAGGCAAUACAGCGAGUACAUGUCGCCGACCAUGCAGGUUUUCCGCUUCUAUAUCGACCCUCACCGCCAGAGUGUGGUCGGCGAGUAGCCUGCAGAAUUUUCCUCUUAAAACACAGGCCGUGAUCUUCCAAUAUCCGACGCGGCGAAGCAGGCUUUCGCACGCUCUUAACAAACUGUUUCUUUCGUCUCCAUUCGAGCCCCUGUACUUCCGCGAUUGCGUUCAUCAUCGAUACCCCUGGCCUCCUCAACCGGGCCA